AUGCUGACUCAGCGUGCGCCGCGCUUGGACCAAGACGCUGGCGCGCUUGCGCUCUUUGAUCGUGUGUAUGACCGCCGCAAGGCGGCUGCUUUGGAGCUCGAGCGUCAGGUCCGCGACUGCAUGGCAAAGAAUGACCGCACGCGCGUGUUCCAAAUUAUCGAGCAACUGUGCACAUUCCUGACCAGUCCCGAGAAGAAUGCAAACGCACGCAACGGGGGGCUGAUUGGGCUUGCUGGUGUGAGUAUUGCAUUGGGGCAGGAGAUGGCGGGCCACUUGGGUACAUUUAUCGUGCCCGUCCUCGGGUGCUUCCAAGAUCCCGACGCCAAGACGCGGUACUUUGCAUGCGAAAGCUUUUACAACAUUUCCAAAGUGUGCAAAGGGGAGAUUCUCAUUUAUUUUAACGAUAUUUUUGUCGUGCUCGCCAAACUAGCAGCCGACACAGAAGUAUCUGUGAAGAACGGUGCCGAACUACUAGACCGCUUGUUCAAAGACAUUGUGACUGAUUUUGCGCCCCAUUACGUCUCUGUGUACCAAAAUGUGCCGCAGAUUCGGGCAAAGCAGGAUAAGGAGCAAGGGAUUUUGGGUGGCGAGAACGAGUUUAGUCUUGCGCGAGAAAAGGCAGCCAACGAGCGCCACAUGGACGAGCUGCAUCUGCAGACCGAAGAGCGAAACAAGGCGAUGAACAAGGCAUUUUCGCUCGCACGUUUUGUGCCGUUGCUGGCAGCGCACAUGAAGGUCAUAAAUCCGCUCACGCGCAAUUACCUCGUCGGAUGGAUCACUGUAUUUGACGCUGUGCCGGACCUGCAGCUGGUCAUGUACCUUCCUUUCUUUUUGCAAUACCUUUUCGAGUACCUGAGCGAUCCCAAUACCGAUGUGCGCGUUGCAACUGCUGAAGCACUGACCAACUUUCUGCACGAGAUCCGCGUUGCUGCGGAGCACGGAAAUGCGCUGCCAUUGUCCGCAAAAAAUACGGAGUACGAGCGCCCGGAUGAUCCGGACGACGAUAAACUCCUUUUGGUGCACACGAAUGCGAUGCGUAUCGAAUACGUGGACAUCUUCGAGAUUCUUUUGGAGCAAAUUUCGAGCCCGGACCAAGAGACAAAAGCCACCACACUGGAAUGGAUCACCGAGUUUUUGCAGCUCGUGCCGCAGCUCGUAGUUCCUUUCACGCCGCGCUUGAUUCUCGUCAUCUUGCCGUACCUUGCACAGCCUAUACCGGCGAUUCGGAACGCAGCGACCGAGUCGAAUGCACAGCUUCUUCACGCGGUGGAGAUGAUGGACACUGCAGAAGGAAGUUCACACCCUGGCUUCGACUCGUUUGCCACGAUCAAUGCGCUCAAGCAGCAUUUGCACGACGAGAACGACAGAACGCGCCUGAAUGCGCUAGAAUGGCUUACGAUGCUUCACGCAAAAAGCCCAUCCAAGCUGCUUACGAUGGAAGAUGGCAGCGUUUCUUUCUUGCUGAGCGUGCUGUCCGAUCCCUCUGAGGAGGUUGUACUCUGUGAUUUGCAUCUUCUCACACAGAUUUGUAGCGCUUUCGACGAGCGCCACUUUCAGCGGUUUAUCCAAGAUCUUCUGGAGCUCUUCCACACUGACACACACCUGCUCGAGAAGUGGGGAAGCAUGAUUAUUCGCCAGCUGUGCAUCGAGAUGGACACGGAGCGCGUGUUUUGCACGCUGGCUUCUUCGUUAGAAGCAAGUCUUGAUCUCGAAUUUGUGGGGCUCAUGGUCCAGAAUUUGAACAUGAUCCUUGUGGCAGCUCCAGAGCUGUCCUCGCUUCGACACCGGCUGCGUACGCUGGACGAGAAGAAGAACCAAACGCUCUUUACUGGCCUCUUCCACUGCUGGUGCCACAAUGCCAUUUCUGCGUUUUGUCUCUGUCUCUUGACGCAGUCGUAUGAGCACGCCUACAACCUGCUGCGCAUUAUCGGCGAGAUGGAUAUCACGCUCGCAAUGCUCAUUCAGAUUGAUAAACUCGUGCAGCUGAUUGAGUCGCCCAUCUUCACAUCCCUACGCCUGCACCUCUUGGAGCCCACCAUGUACCCAUACUUGUUCAAAUGCUUGUAUGGGCUCAUGAUGCUCCUCCCUCAAAGCUCUGCAUUUGCCACGCUGCGGAAUAGAUUGCACGCUGUGAAUGGCGUGGGAUGUAUCAAAGAUCCAGAGGCGCGCACUAGACCCAAGCCGAACAGCGCGCAGCUUCCAUGGGACGAGCUCUUUGCGCACUUUUGCGAGGUGCAAAAGCGGUACGAAACCAUCCGCGAGCAACAAAUUGCGCAGACCACCGCACGCUUCGAGCAGAGCUCGUUAAGCAGCGAGGUGCAGCGCGAGUCGACGCCGACGUCAGAACCACAGACGGCCGUGUCGCGUUUGCGCCGCCGUGCGAACGAAUCCAUGUAUCGCGGCUUGAUGCAGCGAUCGACGAGCUCUCUGUGA